CCCCCCCCCACUCCCGGGGGUUGUCAGUGAGGAGCGUUUCCCCCGGGAGUGGAAGGGUCCUGUUAGAAACACACUGCAAUGGAGAGAUCAGCGCGCCCCUUCCAGCAGCACAUCGGGAUGUGAGCCUGGGACACAGGGGGGGCUCCGAGACCAGGACUGAUUCAGGGAGUUAUCUCUUCACGCAAAUACUUAAGGGGCCAAGACAAUGGAAUAUUUUCCGGGUUCAAAGUCAGCACCUUUGAAUAAUCAGCAGGUUUUCAAAUCGGAAAGAAAGCGGUUGAUGAUUUGACGUUGAGAUUUUCCGCCCUCCCUCCGGAUUGGGCAAUGAAGCAGAUAUCUGAUUGGCUACUGAAACAACAUUAGGAAAUGCUGAACAAUGUGACCAAUCAGCAAGGGCCGCCCCACCAUUCCUCCCGAAGGUAUAACAGGGCGCAGUGUGGGCGGAUUGGAGUAUUCUCGGUGACAGUGUUUCUGGGAUUGGGGGGGAAUAUGUCUGGAAGAGGAAAGGGCGGUAUGAAAGCGCGCACCAAGGCGAAGUCUCGGUCGUCCCGGGCUGGCCUGCAGUUCCCGGUGGGCCGUAUUCACAGGCUCCUGAAAAAGGGUAACUAUGCUGAGCGUGUGGGGGCCGGAGCGCCGGUCUAUCUAGCUGCGGUGCUGGAGUAUCUGGCGGCUGAAGUCCUCGAACUGGCCGGGAACGCGACCCGGGACAACAAGAAAACCCGCAUCAUCCCCAGGCACCUGCAGCUGGCCGUGCGCAACGACGAGGAGCUCAACAAGCUGCUGGGAGGGGUGACCAUCGCUCAGGGAGGGGUGCUGCCUAAUAUCCAGGCCGUGCUGCUGCCCAAGAAAACCGCCCCCACGAAAAAGUGAAGAGACUGAUCUUGACUCUGACAACCCAAAGGCUCUUUUCAGAGCCGCUCACAAUAUCCGAGAAAGAAACUAGACCCCCACCUCUGUCAGGGUGAUUUUAUUUUUGCAUUUUUAAUACGAGGAGCUUGUGCCUGAAGCGUACAUCAACUGGCUGUUGUAGUAGAGUGCUGUGUGUAUUAUUUGCUGUAGCCCUAUACCUACCUGUGCGGUCUCUAAAUUUAACCCUUGUCAUAUACAUACACCACCCAGCCCCCGAGACCCUCGUUCACUGCCAGUUUCACACAUCAGCUCUUCCUCAUGCGGUUGAAGGAAACGACCCAGUACAACAAACAGUAAGGCCAGGAGCUUAUCAUAAUGAGUCCCACUGCGGUUUAUUCUCUGGUGUGUUCAUGUCAAGCCUCUUUUUUUUUCCCUGUCCACACAGAGAGGAGAUAUUAUGCACUAUUGAGUCAUUUUCAGCUCCUCCAGUGUGUUCAUGUAUCUCUUUAACACUCGAUCAUUUCAGGAGCUCCAGCUCGCGGUGGGGCAUGAACCCUAGAUUUCACCCCUGGCCAUCUUUGAGUCCCUCGAACAGAUACAUUGUACAUAUUGUUACUUAAUUCCCAAAACUCCGUGCGGGGUCUGUCCGGUUGUUGCAGAAUGAGGCUUUCUGCUGUUAGAUAGAAACUUUCAAAAUGAACCGAGAGCAAAGCAGAACAGCUGCCAGACUGUAAUACUUUA